AUGAACGAUGGGCUCAUAUGCAUGGCGUGGGCAUUAGCGGCCGCACAAGCGGGUGUGUUCCUCAAAUUUGUCGUCUUGACGAACCAAGGACAUCACAUCUGGAACAUUCGCACACCUACUAUCGACCAGCUGGUCGAAGCGGACAAGUGGAACAUGGCUCAACAGUUGAUAUACAACCCAAUCCUUUGUCUGGUGAAAGCCUCGGUCUUGGUCUUUCUGAUCAGGCUAGGCGAUCAAAGGACAUUCGUUUAUUGGAGUUUGCAUAUCCUCUGGUGGUUCAACAUGGGUCAUAUGAUAUCCGUCUUCUUCGCCGCUCUCACGCAGUGCCUGCCCAUCCACAUGUACUGGGACCACUACUACACAGACCAAAACAUCGAUGGCAAGGUGGUGAACCCAAACUACACGUGCUACAAUAUGGCCGCCUUUUCCCUCGUCACCGCCGGUCUCGCAAUCCUGACGGAUAUACUCAUACUCCUUGUGCCAGUAGCUAUGAUGUGGAACCUACGCAUGGCGAUCCGCCAGAAACUCGCUGUCAGCGCCGUGCUCUCUGCUGGCUGGAUUGUAGCUAUCCUCGGCAUAAUUCGAUUCAAAGUCUUCUACGACUUUUGGUACCCAUCUAGCACCUCGAAUGACCCCACAUACAAGACCUCCAUUACCCUCUCAGGCAUCGAAGUCAACGUCGCGAUUAUGACCGCUUGUGGUCCCGCGCUCAAAGCCCUCGCCACAAAAUUUGCGCCACAACUCUUUGGCACCAAGAGCACCACCCGUCCUACGACGAACGCAUACUAUUCGGGCGGAUACGAGAUGAAAUCGGGUGCGGGUACAACGAAGAGCCAUCGCUUCAUUACGACGGCACUCCAACGGCGCGACGACGAUAGUUGCAGUCAGGAACACAUCGUGCGUGACAGCGGUUCGCAUAUGGACAACAAGAGCAUAGAAACACCUUUGACAGAAGAUACGAUGGUGUCAUCCGACCGCAACGCAUUGCAAAAUAGCGAGGGAUAA